GCUUUUGGAUAAAUAGUUGCGUAGGUUUAUAUAACCAGAAAUAUUUUAUCCUUUUAAAUUUUUAUACUUUAUUGCUAUGUUGUAAUAUAGCUUUUAUUCUCCUAUAUAAAAUUAUAACAUGUUUUAAAAUGAAAAAUAGGGCUCAAAAAGAAAUGUGCAUAAUAACAAAAUUGGAUAUAUAUCUUAUAGUAAUAAAUAUGAUAUGUUCCUUAUUAUUUGGAAUGUUCUCUAUGAUUAUGCUGGUUGACCAAUAUUGUGCAAUAAAAACAAACACAACAGGUAUAGAACUUUUAAAAAAUAUAAAAGGAGAAGUAAAACCUUUUCAAGAGUCAUUAAUUGAAGUAUUUGGACAACCUUUCUCUUAUUUAUGGUUUUUACCAGUAGAUAAAAAACUAAAGAAAGAAUGUUUUAAUAAAUGA